CAAACUCGCUGCUGCGCACACUGGCAACGGUUGCGCGCUUUACUGUUGCGCUCACUUUGAUCCCCACCGGAGGCGAUUAAUUGGUGUUUUCUGUUGUUUGCUUUAUCUGGAUAAAGGAGGACGGAGAAGAAACGCGCAUGGGGAAUAUAUGUAUGCGAAUAUAAGAAGCUGUUUCUGCAGAGUGAGAUACACUUAUGGGAUCUGUCAGCCAUGGAUGCAGCCGAUCAACUGAACAUGACUCAAGAUGAAGAUUCUCCAGCCGAAGUUCCAUUUUCCAACUGCUGCUCACCCGCAGGCACAAUAAGUGACGAGAACUCCUUAAAGCUGGACGACAGCACCGAGCUAAUCGGAGUUCAGGUGACUCUCAUCCUCGCUUACAGCACGAUCAUCGCGUUCGGAGUGACCGGGAACUCCCUGGUGAUUUACGUCGUCUACAAGUUCAAAAAGCUGCAGACCGUCACCAACUUCUUCAUCGUCAACUUGGCGGUGGCCGACUUGCUGGUCAACAUGCUGUGUCUGCCGUUCACCCUCGUCUACACGCUCUACGGCGAGUGGAAGUUUGGUCAGGUGUUGUGCUUCAUGCUGCCCUGUGCUCAGGGCAUGGCCGUGCACGUGUCCACCAUCACGCUGAACAUCAUCGCCCUGGACCGCCACCGCAGCAUCGUCUACCACAUGGAGACCAAAAUGUCCAAAGACAUGUGCGCCGUGGUCAUCAUCGUGACAUGGACCGUUAGCGCCCUGCUAGCUAGCCCGCUCGCCAUUUUCAGGGAGUACGGGACAUUUGACCUUCCGCCGGACAUUUCUAUUCAGGUGUGCACAGAGAAGUGGCCAGAAAACAGCAUGAACGGAAGCGUCUACAGUAUCUUAAUGCUUCUAGUUCAGUAUGGUUUACCUCUGGCUAUUAACUCCUUUGCUUACAUCAGCAUCUGGAAUAAACUGAGGAGUCACAGGACGUAUGGAGGUCAAAAUGAGCGCCACCAGCAGAGGAAAAAGACCACGAAAAUGCUGCUGACCGUGGUCGUGGUGUUCGCAAUCAGCUGGCUGCCGCUCCACGCGUUCCAGCUGGCCGUCGACAUCGACAGCACCUUGUUGUAUAUGAAGGAUUUUAAGCUGCUUUUCACACUCUUCCACAUUGUGGCCAUGUGCUCCACAUUUGUCAACCCCAUCCUAUACGGCUGGAUGAACAACAAUUACAGGUCGGCCUUUUUGUCCGUGUGCAAGUGUAAGUGGCCCUUUAGUUGGAUGUUGAGAAGCUCCCAGAGCAGAGACACACACAAGGAGGAGGAGCGGGUUUGUACAGAAUGCAAGUCAACACACGUGUAACUUGCGGACAUGAAGACACUUUGUGGAUCAUCAUUUGUGGACAUGUGACGUGAAGUUUGUGUCUGGUUUUGUGGAGGCAUUUUGACGACUAGAG